AUGUCGUUCGAUGGAUUUGCAACUCUCAAGGAGAAAGUCAAGUACACGGUGGGAGAUUCCUUGGGCCAUCUCCGAAGGGUCGUAGACGGCACCAACGUGGAGGAGGAGGAGGAGAUGGAGCUGAACGAGGACGGUCAGCCGGUGAAGGCGGGUGCAUUGAAGCGUCAGCCACUGUGUGAUUGCGAUUGCUUUGGAAUGCCCAAGCGUUACAUCAUUGCCAUCAUGAGCGGGCUGGGUUUCUGCAUCUCCUUCGGCAUCAGAUGCAACCUGGGUGUGGCGAUCGUGGAAAUGGUCAACAACAACACCGUCUACAUGAACGGCAAAGCAGAGAUCGAGAAACCUCAGUUCAACUGGAACCCAGAGAUUGUGGGUCUAAUUCACGGCUCCUUCUUCUGGGGUUACAUCGUAACUCAGAUCCCCGGUGGAUUCAUCGCCAACAGCUUCGCCGCAAACAGGGUGUUUGGAAUCGCAAUAUUUUUGACCUCAACACUCAACAUGCUCAUCCCAUCAGCAGCCCGGACCCACUUUGGCUGUGUUCUCUUUGUCAGAAUCCUUCAAGGACUGGUUGAGGGAGUUACCUACCCAGCAUGUCAUGGACUGUGGAGCAUGUGGGCCCCGCCUUUGGAGAGAAGCCGGCUGGCCACCAUCUCUUUCUGUGGAUCCUACGCGGGGGCUGUCGUGGCAAUGCCUCUGGCUGGGUUGCUGGUCCAAUACAAAGGCUGGUCUUCUGUUUUCUAUGUUUACGGUAUGUUUGGGAUGAUCUGGUACAUAUUUUGGCUGCUCCUCGCCUACCAGAGUCCGGCAAAGCAUCCGACUAUAACCAGUGAAGAGAGAACAUACAUUGAGAGCAGUAUUGGGGAGAGGGCGUCUCUCAUCAAUACCAGCCAGAAGUUCAGGACACCGUGGCUGAACUUCUUCACCUCCAUGCCAGUGUACGCUAUCAUCGUGGCCAAUUUCUGCCGCAGUUGGACCUUCUACCUGUUGCUCAUCAGCCAGCCUGCCUACUUUGAGGAAGUCUUCGGCUUUCCCAUCAGCAAGGUGGGAAUGCUGUCAGCAGUGCCGCACAUGGUGAUGACCAUUGUUGUUCCGAUCGGAGGGCAGAUCGCUGACUUCCUGAGGAGCCGGAACAUCUUGUCCACAACGUCCGUCCGGAAGAUCAUGAAUUGUGGAGGUUUUGGCAUGGAAGCCACCCUACUACUGAUUGUCGGUUACUCCCAAACCAGAGAGGUUGCAAUUUCGUUCCUGGUGCUUGCUGUUGGAUUCAGUGGAUUUGCAAUUUCAGGAUUCAACGUAAACCACCUGGACAUUGCUCCUCGCUAUGCCAGCAUUCUAAUGGGAAUAUCAAACGGCGUGGGAACCCUGUCAGGAAUGAUCUGCCCGCUGAUUGUUGGAGCAAUGACAAUACACAAGACUCGGCAGGAGUGGCAGAACGUAUUUCUGAUUGCCUCAGUCGUCCAUUUCAGCGGCGUGAUCUUCUACGGGGUCUUUGCCUCGGGGGAGAAGCAGGAUUGGGCAGACCCUGAAGAGACGCAGGAGGACAAGUGUGGGAUUAUAGAUCAGGACGAGCUGGCAGAGGAGACGGAACUCAAUGACAGCACCUUCAUUGGCGCAAAGAAGAAGACCUCUUACGGCGCGACCAGCCAAGUCAACGGCUCCCGGAGGGAGGACUGGAGGAGGAAGCGGGCUGGAGCACAGGAGGAGCCCGAGGAGGAACCCAGCAGCUACCACCGUGAGAAUGGCAACUCUCGACACGUGCCACAGUGAGAUCAUGGAAGCUGCUUGCACU